AAGACUAAAGCACUUCAGCCUUCUGCCCUAGGGUUUCAAUUGUAGACUUAUAUCCGUUUAAAAUAUAUUUUUCAUUUUUGUCGACUCUGUUUUCAUUUAUGUCGACACUCUCCCAUUAAAUCUAGCACUUCCGUCUUCGGUAGAGAAAAGAGAGAUAUCAAAUCGAGGGUUUCCUUCUGUAAUCAAAGGGGUUUCGUUAUCUUGUCAAUGGGUCUUUUGAUUUCAUGUUCAAUGAAGAAAGAAAAGAAAUUCGGAAGUUUAAUUAUAAUUGAUUUGCAUUAUUUGGUUAUUUGAGCUGUAAUUUCAUUGAAUUUUUAGUAGUUAGGAUCAAACAAGAACAUGGGUUCAGAUUCAGGAGGCCCAAGUACCAGGGAUCUUCUCUGCAAUGCCGUUGCUGGGGCAGGUGCAGGAGCUAUUGCUGCGACUUUUGUGUGCCCUUUGGACGUUAUCAAAACACGACUCCAGGUUCAUGGCCUACCCAAACAUGCUCAAGGGGGCAGUCUUAUUGUUGCAAGUUUGAAACAAAUUGUAAAAACUGAAGGUGUGAGGGGAUUGUAUCGUGGUCUUUCACCAACUGUGCUGGCUUUACUUCCAAAUUGGGCUGUGUACUUCACCAUAUAUGAACAAGUUAAAGGCUUGCUUCAAUCACAUGACAGAGGCAAUAAUCAACUUUCAAUAGGUAAGCACAUGCUAGCUGCAUCGUGUGCUGGAGCUGCAACAGCCCUUACAACUAAUCCACUUUGGGUCGUUAAGACUAGGCUUCAAACGCAAGGGAUGAGGUCAGGAGUGGUACCUUAUGGAAGCAUACUUUCAUCUCUAAGAAGGAUUGCUCAUGAAGAGGGGAUCCGAGGACUAUACAGUGGCCUUUUGCCAGCCUUAGCAGGGGUCAGCCAUGUUGCUAUCCAGUUUCCUGUAUAUGAGAAAUUGAAGGCUUAUUUGGCUGCCAGAGAAAACACUACCCCAGAUAAACUUAGUGCUGGAAAUGUUGCCAUUGCUUCAUCAGUAUCUAAGGUUCUCGCCUCAACAAUGACUUACCCCCAUGAGGUUGUGAGAUCAAGGCUUCAAGAGCAAGGGCAAGCUCGGAAUUCCGAGACCCACUACACAGGAGUCAUUGACUGCAUAAAAAAAGUAUACCACAAAGAAGGCAUGGCAGGCUUCUACCGUGGAUGUGCCACUAACCUACUGAGAACAACCCCAGCUGCUGUCAUUACUUUUGUAAGUUAUGAAAUGAUACAAAGAUUUUUGCAUCGUGUUUUCCCACUUGAGAGACAAAACCCACGCAUCCGAUCAGAAUCUUGUGGCAGAGAGGAGAGAGAGAGUGACCCUGGUUUAAGAACCUCCCAAACAACAUCAAACAGUAGCUCACAUUCUUUUUAAAGCAAGGAUCACCUAACAUCAAGACACUAAGAGAGUAAGAUUCAUGGUGGGGUUUUUCUGUUCUCCUCCCAAUUGUUAAAUAAAGGUCUCCGAUUGUUUGGUGAAAAUCCUGGUGAUAGAAUUGCUAUGCUUACAUUUCUUUGCAUGAGUUGUUCAGAAAAUAAGUGACAAUUAGGUGGGGAAUGGAUUUCCCAUUGAUUGAAUAUUCUUUCGGUCUGUGGAAAUGGGCCACAGGGGAGGGGCACUUUCAGACAUAUAUAUAUAUGAAGAAGGUAUCAAUUAGAAAGCAAAAUCAGAACGACAACAAAGAAAGGCCAUUGCACAAAAUGCAAUAAUGUAGGGAAAGGAAACAAAUUGGAUGAUCCAAAAAUUAGAAGGCCAAGAAACUGAAGUAAUGUUCAAUGGAUGUAUGAAACCGUGUGACGAGCUACAUCGAAGUGGACAAGAAAAGGAAACAGGGGGAGAAAAUUUGUGACAAGAACUCAAUUAGGAUCUUGUCACAGGUUCAUCCAAAUAGCGAUAAAUUUGUGAUUUAAGAGGGAUUCUAGACCUGAUGGAAAUCCUAGUUCCUUGGUAGGUAUUUUGUAGAAGUUUAUGUAAAAGUAAACAUUGAGGAAACAGUUAAAAGGCUACAAAAAGAAAAAAGGUUCAGCGUUGUGGAGAAUUUUACUGAACUUUUGAGCACGAUACAAUUGGUCCC